AUGGCGGGACGGUGGUUCCUGGCAGCUGGAGCUCCCGCCAGCGGCCAAGCACCAACUGUCACCAAGAGGGAGAGCCAGAACCUCCCCCCAUACACUUAUCAACUACACGGCGCAGCCUCCGAUGCCGACCUGACGAUGAACGGCGUUAUUGAGGCGCUGCACAUCUACGAUGAGCACAACCAUGCCAUCCUGUCGCACACGUACACGGGGCGCCCGCUGUCGGCACAGCAUCUCCUACCCCUCUACCUAGAGCAUCCUGCGCCGCGCCCGAACGUAUUAUACCUGCCAAACACAAGUCCUCCGACGCUCGUCUUCAGCCUCAAGCACGCCAACCUCCUCUUCCUGGCGACUUCCUCGUCCGAUAUCGAGCCUCUCCUCGUCCUCGAGUUCAUACACCGCAUAAUCGAUGUGUUUGAAGAGUUCCUUGGUGCUCCCUUGCUGGCGCACAAGAUCGAGAGCAACUACGAUGUCGUAGCGCAGCUUUUGAACGAGAUGUGCGAUGCCGGAAACAUCAACACCACGGAACCAAAUGCGCUGAGGGAUUUGGUCGAGGUUGAGGGAUGGGUAGGAAAGCUGUUGGGGAGCAUCAAUUUACCAGGCUACGAAGUCGACUUGCUCCCGUUCACAAGCGGCAAGAGUGGCAACAUCAGUUCAAAUAAUCUGAAGUUGCCUGUCAACAUUGAGAUGAAAACUGGACUAGGACCGACAGGUUCUGAUUUCGAGGUUCGGCUUCACGUGAACAAGGUUCUAGGCACAGGAGGUCCGUCUGCACAAAGCCAGUAUGGCAGAGGCGGAGGCGGGGCAGGUCGAGGAUUCGGAGGUCCCCAUGCUGGAACACCUGCGUCGCCGCUGAUGGAAGAUCUCAUCGUUACGGUGCCGUUGCCAGCUGAGGUUAGAAACCUCCCGGAAUUGCGGCCUAGCAAGGGAGACGCGAGCUUCAGUCCUGGUGAGAAGGUUCUGGAGUGGCACAUUCCUACAAAGGAGCUGUCAGUCGGCACUUCUUACUUCGGUCUUAGGUGUACAGUUGUUGGCCAGCUGCCUGACGAUGAGGACGAUGAGCUGGACCCUACUGGAUUCGGAUUCGGGAAGUCGUAUGCCUACGAUGAACCCUAUCAAGCAACAAGCCCCGUCAGGGCAAAGAAGACGACGGAAAAGGCUGACGACGAGAAAGACGCGAAGAAAGUGGCGCAAAAUAAGAUGCUGAUGCCCAGCUCAGCCUCGGUGAGCUUCUCAGUGAAGGGUUGGCUACCGAGUGGCCUUAAAGUGGAAAGCAUUUUGAUUGACCCUCGCAAGAGCAAAGGCCUGGGAGAGGGUGUUAAACCAUACAAAGGAGUCAAGUACUUGACCGUCAGCAAGGGCGGUGUAGAAACGCGAUGUUAG